UCAUUCCUUUGUUCAAGUUUAGCGUCAUAAGAGCAGACACUUAAUUCACAAACAUUUUUUUGUUUAAUACCGUGCUAUUCUCAAUCAAUAAAUCUCUGGUUUACUUACAAUAAUAUACGGGGGUAGUCUAUUACUAUAGAUCAUUCCUUCAAUUUGAUUAUGUAACAUCUGAUGUGAGUCCUUUGGUUGGCCAACGCUCAGCAUUCUAUACUAUUUCCCUGUAACUGUAACAAUGGAAUGACAUUGUCCUAGAUACUAGGCGAAUCGUGUUGUCUUGUUGAUUUCGUUUGGGAUGAACGAGUUUUGUUGGCUCCGCGUAAUGCUUGGCCCCGCCUCUCUCGGUAGUGACAUCCAAGGCCGGUAAUCAAAACUCUUACAUUUAUAUCGUCUGCUUGGUCUAGACUUCUUCAGUCAUCGGUUAAGCAUCAGUGUGUGCUGUAUGUUUGGUUCAUUACCUAAGUUGAAUUAGUGAAUGGCAUCUGUGAAGACAUCGAUUGGUUCGCAUGAGGAGUUGUCUUAUGAAAUCCGUAAUAGACUGUCAGCUAUAUUUAAGUAUAGCAUGAUCGCUCAUAAGAUGAGAUUGAACUUGCCAGACAAUACAAAGUUAGUGCUUCAGUCUCUUGGACAUAGUGGCAGUAAAGCCAACCCAGGACAUCACCACCAGCAGCAACAGUCUACAGCUUUAGAGAAACAUCAACAUUUCACCAGGCGCUACUCCAACCCACAAGGAGAAGAGGUGGAGGACACAUUUGACACAGAGGCCAUUGAAAAGUUUAGAACCACUGUGUCAGACUCCUCUAGAGUCCUUCUGUCUCAGCACCAUAAUACACAGAAACACCUUUACAGGAACUGGGCAGCGUGUAGUAAGGACGACUUUCUCACCCAGGAUUCAUCAUCCACAUCGGCAUCAGGCUUGCCACGCAGGCAGUCCUCACCCAACCUUGCAGGUCUUGGCACUUUGCAAAUUUUGAACACUAGUAAAAGCUUUUGCCUGAGCCCAUCAGAGUCUAGUGUUGACCCAGUCUCACACAGCGGUGCCCUAACAGCCUAUAUAAGUGGCCAAACAGCUGACAGCAAAGCUGUCACCAACUUUGUUAAACAGAUGGAUAAAGAUUCUAAUAAAGAUUCUAACAAACCAAUUAGUCAGAAGCUGACAGUAGAUACCAUUGACUCAUCCCAUUCUGGAGGCUCAGGAUUAGGUAUUCUAGCCCGCACUAGACAGUUUGGGGCCUGGCUGACCAAAGCUACAGAAGGAGAAAAAGUCAAAGUUACAAAAAAAGAUUUGAACGUUUUAGCUCCGAAUUCAUUUUAAAAACAACUUCAGAUCCUGUACACUAAUGUUUCAUCUCUUCAUUUCAUUUCUGAUCCAUCAUUGAUCCAUUUGUAAAUGUUACAUAUAAUGAAAUCUUAGCAUUUUUUUUUUUUUUUUUGUAAAUAUUUUUUUGUUUGCAAUAGUUGCAUCCAGAACUUUUUGUGUCCAACUUUCUCUCCAUUAUUGAUGAGUGUUCAAUGUGUACAAUAAUGUAAGUCUUUCAAACAUUUGUUUCAGAUUUGUAUUUUUACCUCAUUCAUCUGUAGAAUUAGAGAAAUUGCAUUUAAGAAUCCCAUACAUUGGAAUCUCAAAGUAGUUUUACAAAAAUGUACAUAAAAAUGCAAGUCUAUGAGAAACAAAGUCAUUGCCAUAUUUACAAUGCUCUAGUCCUUGGCUUGAAAUAGUGCAACUCCAUUUCAAAAAAUAAAAUCUUUACACCGACUUUUGUGUGGUCCACUAUGACACAGUCUGUGCCAAGAUCUGCUAACAUAAAAAACAUUGCAUCUUUGAACUUAUUUGCUAUAUUAAAAUAACUUUAUAUAUAUGUACAUGUAUAUAUGUGAAUUUUGUUUAAUAAAUCUGUUAAAUUAAAAAAAACAACUGGUUAG